AGUACCAUCUAGACGGGACGCUCGUCGCAUCUCUCCCGAGCCCCAAACACGGAUUGCGAACUCUGUGCAUCGCGGAGCUAGGGGCCGCCCGCUGCUCCCUGGAUCUCGCUGACCCGGAUCUCCGAGCAAGUACCUUGGGAUCAAAAGGCUUCUAUCCCUCUUCGUCCCCCACAGGACCCACCACCCCAGGGCCAGCAUAUGGGUGAGGGGGUACCCCCUGGGGCUUGAGCUGCCCUGCACAGGAUGCCCCGUGCCCCCCACUCCAUGCCCUUGCUGCUGCUGCUGUUGCUGUCACUCCCCCAUGCCCAGGCUGCCUUUCCCCAGGACCCUAUCCCUCUGUUGACCUCUGACCUGCAAGGUACUUCUCCGUUAUCCUGGUUCCGGGGCCUGGAGGAUGAUGCUGUGGCUGCAGAACUUGGGCUGGAUUUUCAGCGAUUCCUGACCUUGAACCGGACCUUGCUUGUGGCCGCCCGGGAUCACGUUUUCUCCUUCGAUCUUCAAGCCCAAGAAGAAGGGGAGGGGCUGGUGCCCAACAAGUUUCUGACAUGGAGGAGCCAAGAUAUGGAGAACUGUGCUGUUCGGGGAAAGCUGACGGACGAGUGCUACAACUACAUCCGUGUUCUUGUUCCCUGGGACUCGCAGACACUCCUUGCCUGUGGAACAAACUCAUUCAGCCCCGUGUGCCGCAGCUAUGGGAUAACUUCGCUGCAGCAGGAGGGUGAGGAGCUGAGUGGGCAAGCUCGAUGUCCCUUUGAUGCCAACCAAUCAAACGUGGCCAUCUUUGCAGAGGGCAGUUUGUACUCAGCCACUGCAGCGGAUUUCCAGGCCAGUGACGCUGUAGUUUACAGAAGCCUUGGACCUCAGCCGCCACUCCGUUCUGCCAAGUAUGACUCCAAGUGGUUGCGAGAGCCUACCUUUGUCUAUGCUUUGGAGCAUGGAGACCACGUCUAUUUCUUCUUCCGAGAGGUCUCAGUGGAGGAUGCCCGACUGGGGAGGGUGCAGUUUUCCCGGGUAGCCCGGGUGUGUAAACGUGACAUGGGUGGCUCACCUCGGGCCUUGGAUCGCCACUGGACAUCCUUCCUUAAGCUGAGGCUCAACUGCUCUGUCCCUGGGGACUCUACCUUCUACUUUGACGUCUUACAGGCCUUAACUGGGCCUGUGAACCUGCAUGGCCGCUCUGCUCUCUUUGGGGUCUUCACUACUCAGACUAAUAGCAUUCCUGGAUCUGCAGUCUGCGCAUUCUACCUGGAUGAUAUUGAGCAUGGGUUUGAGGGCAAGUUCAAGGAGCAGAGGAGUCUGGAUGGGGCCUGGACUCCUGUGUCUGAGGACCGAGUCCCCUCACCCAGGCCAGGGUCCUGUGCAGGUGUGGGCGGAGCUGCUUUGUUCUCCUCCUCUCAAGACCUACCUGAUGAUGUCCUGCUCUUCAUCAAGGCACACCCUCUGCUGGAUCCUGCCGUGCCACCUGCCACCCAUCAACCUCUCCUCACUCUCACUAGCAGGGCUCUACUGACCCAGGUAGCUGUGGAUGGCAUGGCCGGGCCCCACAGAAAUACUACAGUCCUGUUUCUUGGCUCCAAUGAUGGGACAGUGCUGAAGGUGCUACCUCCAGGGGGACAGUCUCUGGGACCUGAGCCUAUCAUAUUGGAGGAAAUUGAUGCCUACAGCCCUGCCCGGUGCAGUGGGAAGCGCUCAGCCCAAGCUGCACGGAGGAUCAUAGGGCUGGAGUUGGACACUGAGGGUCACAGGCUCUUUGUGGCCUUUCCUGGAUGUAUCGUCUACCUCCCUCUCAGCCGCUGUGCCCGGCAUGGGGCUUGUCAGAGGAGCUGUCUGGCUUCUCAGGACCCAUACUGUGGAUGGCAUCGAUCCAGAGGCUGUGUGAAUAUCCGGGGACCUGGUGGGACUGAGGUAGAUGUGAUGGGGAACCAGGAAUCCAUGGAGCAUGGUGGCUGCCAAGAUGGAGCUACUGGGAGUCAGUCUGGCCCUGGAGAUUCUGCUUAUGUGCUUCUGGGUCCUGGCCCUUCCCUUGAGACCCCCAGUUCCCCCAGUGAUGCCCACCCAGGGCCCCAGUCUUCCACUCUUGGAGCUCACACGCAGGGCGUGCGCAGGGACCCUACCCCGGGAGCUUCGGCCUCCCGCUCCAUCCCCAUCCCACUCCUCCUGGCCUGCGUGGCGGCGGCCUUCGCCCUGGGCGCCACCGUCUCCGGCUUCUUGGUGUCCUGUGCUUGUCGUCGCUCCCACCGCCAUCGGAGCAAGGACAUCGAGACCCCAGGGCUGCCGCGCCCUCUCUCCCUCCGCAGUCUGGCCCGGCUGCACGGCGGCGGACCUGAGCCCCCGCCUCCGCCCAAGGAUGGAGAUGCUGCGCAAACGCCACAGCUCUACACUACCUUCCUGCCUCCGCCCGAGGGCGGACCCCCUCCGGAGCUGGCCUGCCUGCCCACCCCCGAGUCCACGCCCGAGCUGCCGGUGAAGCACCUCCGUGCCUCCGGGGGUCCCUGGGAGUGGAACCAGAACGGGAACAACCGCUGUCGCCCAAGCCGCCCCUCGCCGCCGCCUCCACGCGCGGCGGCCAUUUUAACUUCUGACAGACGCUGCUAGCGCCCGUCCAGGCGCUGGAGGCCCAGGCCCGCCGCCGCCGCCGGCCUUCCCGGACUCCGAGAGUCUCCCGGGGCCCCCCUCUCGCCUCGCCUCGGUUUAUUUAUUGACUGUCUUUGCCCCUGUCCUCGAGAGGCCAGUGAGAGGCAGGCGAGGGGCUCGCCGCUCGGAGCGCCAGCAUUUCAGGGGCCCUGGCCGACUCCCACUCCCCGCUCCCUUCCAGCCACGCUGCCUUAACUCGCCGCUCCGGGCUCCCGCGGACUUGGGCCCCGGGCGGGCCGCCGGGGCUGGAGCCCAGAGUCCUCGGGCCUCCCGGGGCCGGGACGUGCCGCCUCCUACUGUGUAGGAGCCCCCCCUCCCCCCGCUUCCCAAUACAGCCGUGUGCCCCAGCCGCUGCCUGACUUUCCUCGCGGGGCGGGAGGGGAAGGAGGGCGGGGCCGCUCGGCCCUUUGGGUGCCCGUGCCCCGAAUGUCUGCCUCCGCUUCGCCUCGGCCCCCGGGUACUCUUCCCCGGAGUAAUUGGCUUGGCGGCUGUCCCACCGGGGUUAAUCAGGAAAGGUUUCCUGAAGGAGGCAAGCGGAGGUGGGCGGCUGAGCCAGGGCCCAGGAGAGCCGGGUACAGAUCCGAGGUGCAGGGGAAGGCACUCAGCGGGCCUCUGCAUAGAGAGGGCAGGCACCUUUUCAUGGCCUACGCCACGGGGUGGGGGAGGGACGUUUUGGAGAAAUAAAACGAAGCUGCUGCGUGA